GCGGCGCGGCGUGACGUGACGUGACUCCGCCGGGGGGGGCGGCGGCCGCGCUGCAUGGGGGCGGGGACCGGCCGCUAUGGAGGGGGUGCUGUACAAGUGGACCAACUACCUGAGUGGCUGGCAGCCUCGAUGGUUUCUUCUCUGUGGUGGCAUCCUGUCCUACUAUGACUCUCAGGAAGAUGCCUGGAAAGGUUGUAAGGGAAGCAUCCAAAUGGCCGUGUGUGAAAUUCAAGUUCAUCCUGCAGAUAACACACGAAUGGACCUUAUCAUCCCAGGGGAACAGUAUUUCUAUCUGAAGGCAAGAAACGCAAUUGAAAGGCAAAAAUGGCUGGUUGCACUAGGAACUGCCAAAGCCUGUCUGACUGACAGCAGGACACAGAAGGAAAAAGAGUUCACUGAAAACACAGAAGCCUUGAAGACCAAAAUGUCUGAACUUAGACUGUACUGUAACCUCCUUGUUCAGCAAGUGCAUAAAACGAAGGAGGCCAGCAUUUCUGGUGUAUCAGAACCAGAGAGCGAGAUUGAUAUGGGAGCUUUGUUAAAAUCAACCUGUGACACCUUCUUGAAGACUCUUGAAGAAUGUAUGCAGAUUGCAAAUACUGCCUUCACUUCUGAGUUAUUGCAUCAGACGCCACCUGGAUCCCCCCAUUUAGCAGUUCUCAGAACGAACAAGAUAAAGCACUCUGUCUUGUCCAGUCACACCUCAACGGAAAGGCAGAUGGAAUUGAGCCCCUGUGAAAAUGGCUCUGUAAAAGCAGAAAUUAACCAUCAAGAGCAAACUGUUAUUAAAAGUCUGGAAUGUUUAAACCUGAAAACAAAUGAAGGGAGCAGUGAAGUUUCUGUUGAAGAUCACAUAGCAGAGGAUUUAGCAGGCAUUAAAGAAGAUGGAGACAACAAGCUGCAAGCUGUAGAAAGCUGUGGUGCCCACCAGUUGCUGCAGUCGGAAACGAAUUCUUUAAGUGGAUUGACUCCGUGUGAGAAAAACAGAAAUGAAAAUGAUUCUCCUACCUUCUUCAGUGUCAUGAGCAAUAGGUUCAGUGAUAUUGAACUUCGGGAGGAGGAGGGCAUACCAACAGAAGAGUUUCUGGAGUCAUGUUAUGCAAUUGUGCCUGUUCUGGAUAAGCUGGGACCAACUGUUUUUGCUCCUGUUAAAAUGGAUUUUGUAGGUAACAUCAAGAAAAUAAACCAGAAAUUUAUAACCAACAAAGAAGAGUUUGAUACCCUUCAGAAGAUAGUGCUCCAUGAAGUGAAUGCAGGUGUAGCACAAGUUAGAAACUCUGCUACGGAGGCUCUCCUGUGGCUGAAAAGAGGCUUAAAGUUCUUGAAAGGGUUUUUGAUGGAAGUGAAGAAUGGAGAAAAGAAUAUCCAAACAGCUCUGAACAAUGCUUAUGGAAAGACAUUACGGCAGCACCACGGUUGGGUUGUCCGAGGGGUCUUUGCGUUAGCUUUAAGGGCAGCACCAACGUACGAAGACUUUGUGGCAGCUCUGUCUGUAGAGGACUGUGAUCCUCAGGAAGAAACAUUUUACAAAGGAAUGCAGAGGGACCUCAACAUUUACUUACCAGCCAUGGAAAAGCAGCUAACUAUCUUGGACACUCUCUAUGAAGUACAUGGUUUGGAGUCAGAUGAGGUGGUAUGACUACAGCAAGACCACAUCUUAAAACUUCAGGGACCGUGUCUGUUAACAAAGAUUAAUUUCAAUUUGGGUUUUUUUGGAUAUCGUUUCUGUUCAUUGUAUCUUUUCAGGUGGGAAGGGUGUUGUGAGUGUUUUUGGGGAAGGGAAUGUAUGAUUUUUAUUUUUUUGUUACGCUUGUUUUGUGUUUAAAUGCAGAGGUACUGUUUCUCUUUGGGUCAUAACUAUGUCUGUGGUGAAUGUGUUUGACUGUUUCUCUCCUGCCUGUGCACGUCCUCUUCUCUUCCCCUCGUAAAAGUAACAGAGCAGAAUUUGGCCUUUGCUCCCGUGCCGCGGAGCCGUUGGGAGGCCAAGGUGGCGCCCGGGCCGGCGCGGCUGGCUCCGGCUCUCCCAUGCCCUGCGACCGUGUGGGAGGACAGAGGUAGUGAGAGUUAGUGUUGCCCUGGUAGCAGAAGAGAAAGGAAGCUGAAUUCCAGCUUAUAAGGUAUGCGGUGAGUUUGUCCCUUCAUUAGGGUUGAAGCUUUUUAAUGCAGCGCUUCCCCAAAUAUUACAGAGAUCUUCACCACAGGCAUAUGUUCCUGGUGGCCUGAGUUUCCCCGGGAGCCAACCUCUGAAACUGGGUGUUGUGUUCUCUGACCAGCUCCCAGUAUGUGCCACAUCAUCCCUGUCAGCUCCUGCCAGUGGACUGCAAGAAAUUUGCUGGCACAGAUUGGCAGAGCCCAGCUAAUUUCAAUGGUGCUUUACACAAGCGAUUGAAGAUCAUGGCCGUCAUCCUGGUUUAUUAAGGUUUUGUUGGGUUUCUCUAAUUUGGGUUUAGGAUUUUCUUAAAUCAAAUUCAGACAAAAACAUAAUAUUUACUUUUAAAUUGAAUACAGCUAGCAGUUUAAAAAGCAGAUUUAAUUAAAACCCUUCCUAGGCUGCCGUUAUGGGCAGAGACUUCAUAAAAGUGGACAUGAAAUUACUAAAGGGUAGAGGAAGCUAGAAUUUGUCAUGGAGCCAUUACACAUUGGACCAAUUACAAACCUUAAAAUCUGAAACGAUGUAGAAGUGACUGGAAAUUAAGAAAGUAAGAUUUGACCUUUUUACCAUUUUACUGAUACAGAUAAAAAUGUGCUCCUUAACACUGAUGCUAUUAAAAAUAAUAAAGAAGUCCUUCUAGCUAGUGAUACGCUUAAAGACAAAAUUCGUAGUUGUGUUGAUCUGUGAUUCACGGGCUGGCUGUGAAUGACUGACUGCCCAUUCAAGGCAUCAGUGGUGACGUAGGGCUUCAGAUGGCUUUGUGGACAGAUUGAGUUUAAAUCGUGCAGGAGGAGAGAAGAUUGUGCUAACGACGAACUUAGAAUUAGUAAAUCUUUGUAAAUAUAGGAGAAGUCAGUGUCGCCAUACUCACAUGAGAAAUGCUGGCUUUUGCUAGGCUAAAAACCAUGUUGUCAGUAAAAUGAAUGUACUGCAGGCCUGCUGCCCUGCACCGCGCACCAAAUACCUGAUCCUUUCUAAAGAGCCUAGCAUUGAGCUUUAAGAAAAGCAUGUGAUGCUUGAAGAAAAGACCAAACAUCACACUUGGUGUAUAAAGCAAGAUACCGGGACUAAUUAGGCAUUUAAACAGUGUGACUUCCUUGUUCCUGUCAUCUUCUCUGACUUGUGCCUGUCUGUAGUUCCUACAUACUCCAAGAGGAAUCAGAAGGGUGUGGGGGUUUUAGUUUUUCGGAUAUACUGAAUUAAGUAGUAUGUAUUUAUGGUUGAGUACAAAGUCAAAACUUUUGACCAAAGCUCCGUUCGAUUAUUUCACUACUCACAGUGCUAUAAAUGAAGCAGAGAGCCUUUGGGAUUUGGCUGUCUGCUGCUUCUAAGCAUGAAUACAGAGAAACCACCCUGGGAGUAGAAGAACCAAAUCUCUACCCUGCAUGAUUUCCUCAAGGUUUUCAGCUGUUAUAUGGGAAAAUUUGCUGUAAUAGUUUUUAGCUGAAUGUUCUGGGAAGGUAAUGGAGACCUCAUUUCCACAAAAUACCAGCUGGGGUAUGAGGAGAGCAGGAGGAGAUCCCUCUUCAGAAAUUAACUGUCAGAUCGUGGCAAAAAUUGACUUUCUUUUUUGCUCUGAGCUUUUCCAGUAGCAGGAAAGUGUAUUCAGCACUUAAAGUCGUGGAGGUAUUUUGGGGUUUUUUUGUUUGUUUGGUUUGGCUCUGGUUUCUUUUUUAACUAGCAGGAAACCCACUAGUUUGUUAGUAGUGCAUCAGACCCGAUGUUUGAUGUAAAAAGUCAGGAAACUUUAUUUUGUGGGCAGAGAAAUUAACAGCUUCAUUGGCCUGUUAGCUUCAGCAAUUACUAACUUCUACCAGUCUUCUUCUUUAUAACAAAAUUAGAGUGGUCUGCACUGCAUAUCCUCUGUUCAGCAUGGCAUCCUGCAUCAGAGCAGGCUUUCUCAUCUUGACCUUCUGUGUGAAGUUGGUCUUUCUGAACUCAGGAAUUGGUGCUUGAGAACAUUCUUAGGAGACCAUGGCUUCAGGAGACCUCUGUGUGCUUGUUGUUACACAGGGGACUUCUAGAGAAGGUCUCCUUGCCUUCAAAACUUGUACUUCACCAUGCACUGCUCUUGCAGGGCAUUGAGCACUUGUAAGACUUAAGAAUACUAUCUUUCCAGUCAAACCACCACUGAGAAAGAAACCCCUUGCAGCAUGGUGCAGAGCUGAACUCCAGGUUAUACCUCUAAGGUUGCAAUAGACCAGAUGGCCAAGUGGAAGCACUGCUAGGCAAUUCACUUCUUUCUUUUCCUGUGAUGUCCGUUUGGCAAGCAGAGAGGAUUGAUUUUUAUUUUAAUAAUUGUAGAGAACAAGCAACUAACUUCUGGCCUUCAAAUUUAGGAUUGGAGAGAAGGUCGGUGUUUUCCGUUUGAUUUGUUUGGUUCGUUGAUUGGUUAGGGUGGUUUUGUUUUUUGUUUUUUUAACAGCUGACAUUUAUGAACAACUGACCUGCAUACUGAUAGAGGUCCAUGUGACUCUCAGAUAGCAGCACCGUUAAUCUGUAUACUUUACAUGAACCGCUUUGGUUCCUUAAACUGCACUAGUCUAAAGUUUUGUGUCCCUUUUCUUUAGAAAUGCUUUCGGCUGUUUCCUUCAAUGUCUAACAGUUGCAUAUUCUCAGGGAUUUUACUUAGCCAUGACAAAAUAAGAAUAUUCAUAGCCUUACCCUAGGGAAAUAAGGCUGCUUUCUGUGAAAUUAGUAUAGCUGGGUGUAGAACUCUGAUACAGCAUAUGACACCGACAGUGUCUAUCCAGUGUGCAUCCCUGCUGAAACAUGGUAAAUCCCAAAGCAAUCUGAUAGAAGUGCUAUCUAGUACUGAAUAAUGGCAGUCAGCAUAUUUGAAUAGAGAUCGUGCACAUACCUUUGUAAUACAGUGCCGUUGGCAUUAGAGCAGAGCUCUCAAAUAAUUUGAGUUCUGCUUAGCAAUGGGAGGCUUUUAUUUAUUUUAUUUAUUUUGUUGUAAUUUUUUUAAAAACAAACUAUGUCCUGGAGCCCCCUCUGCUAUUUUAAGACACCAUACUCAGUUGCAUAUUGAAGUUCUGUGAUAUUACAAUUGUAGAAUAUUAACUGGAUCCUCAAGUGCUUUAGUGUCAACUUAAGGAGUCUUUGAAACAUCCCAUCUUGACAGCGGUCUAAUAUGGGUCUCCCUUGAACAGAUGCACUUAAAGUUAAGGGCCAUAUACCUUCACUUAGAAGCUUUUUGUAAAGCAUCCUCAGGAUUUAGGUUAUAGCUAUUUGCUUUUAAAAUAUUCCAUAGUUUGAAAAGUGUCACUUGGCUGACUGGACGUAUAAAAAGUAUGCCCAAAAUGUGCUCCAGUUGUUUGCAGCGUGCUUUGGCAAAGGGGUGUGGACUUUUCUAGAAAAUGAUGUUACCUAUGUCUGUAUGCUGGAUCUUAUAAACAUUUAUUUUCAUUAUCACUUAAGCUUUUGUGAAAAACUUUAGGGAACUUUAAACUGCCUUUCAGACACCAGAACAGAUCGUUAGCAUGUUCCUACCUGGCUGCCUUUCUCUCUUCCCACACCUGAUCCCCCACCCCUUCUUUUCCCUCCAUUGUCAUCUGCUUUGCUACCAGAGCUGCUGUUGUCAUAUCGAAGCACCUCUCCAUAAGAGUGCAAAGCAGGAAGUUUUGUAAGUGAAACAAAUGUAAACUUAGAAAAGUAGACCUGAAUUCUUUGGCAUUCAGCCAAACACACAGUCAGAUGCAGAAUGUUCUGCAUUUCUCUGAAGAUUCUCCCUGAUUUGACAUAUUUUGUCAGGAAAACCACAUCACUUUGAACUUUUAAUAGACUUGGCAGCUCUACCUCUUAUGAGUGAAAGCACAGGGAUUAAUUACUUUUUUUUUAAUUGACUGACUUCUUUUCUCUUGCCUGCCUAGUGCAGAUAACAAAACAAACAGAGAAGGGGAGUGGGAAUAACUGAAUUAGUGCUGCCUUCUGUAGCUCUUUGAACAAACCCUGCAAACAACUGCAUGCUCCAAGCGAUAUAAAAAUCACCCUUGUGCAAAAGGGGUAUCUUAGCGCACUUACUGGCGCUGAGCAAGCCUAGGCAGUAGCUGAUCCUGUUCACAGUUCACACAAGGAUUUUAAGCACUUGCUUUGAAGUUAGAACAUAGGCAUAUGCUUCUCUUAAACACGUGCACCCUUCCACUUGCAUGCAGUUCUUCCAAAUGUGGUCUUUGACUACCAUUUUUAACAUGCCUUUCUUGGUAUAGGAUUUCUUCCCCCAGAUACUCCAGAUGUGCUAGAGGUGGAUGUUUUGUUUUGGGUUUUUUUUUUUUUUUUUAAUAUAUGAAACUUCCUUGUUUUCAUAUCCUGAUUUCUGCCUAACACUGAGUAUGUUAACUUUAUUUUGCAUUGCAGCAUUCAGGGAGUCCAAAACUAAUUAAUUCCUUUAUUUAAAGCCAUCUUGAAAAUUUGAAAUUUAUAUCUCCCUGAAACUAAACAAGCAAAUUGCAUUCCAGAAUACAGUGACUAAACUGAAAACCAAAGCAGCUUGCUUAUGUGGUUUCCUUUCCUAUUUUCUUUUUUCAGGUGAGUAUUGGGCAUACAUUUUAUCAAUGUCAGGCUGAGCUUACUGCAAGCCUUACUUAUACGUACUAAAAUACAUUACAUACAUACUGAAAUACAUUUAAAGAUGAAGAGAAGGUAUAUUGCCUCACACUUUAAAUUUACUUAAUUCUAAGGGCUUGUUCAUGCCCCCAAAAUCACCUCUUCCAUUGUAAGCAUUGCACGAACUGUGCUGUCAUAAGCAGUUCAGUCUGAAAUACUUCGGAGUUUCCAGUCUGUAUCGUCUCUCAAAUCCUACAGCAUCUGUCUCUUCUUUUGGAGCACUGUUAAGACUUUUGUCAGACUUUUAUAUAAUAAACUUUCAUUAUAAUAAACUUAUUUUAAAUAAGCAUGUUUUAAAAUCUCACUUUCUCCUUGCAUGGAUUUUGUUUCCUUUAUUACAAUAGAGGGCCUAAAGUGCUCUUGAGGACUGCAUCUGUUCUAGGUUCUGUGUGAACAGUCAAAAACCAUAUGUUUCUGGUUCACAGGAACUACAUGUAUAUGUCUUUGUACGAAGAAUGUUGACAGACAUGGAGCCUGUUUUGAUUACAAGAAUAAAAACUCUGUCUGGCA